GAAACUAAAAGGCAGCGCGACAGGACCGUACUGGGAGGAACUGGUGGGACUGGGGUUACUGGGGGUGGGGGGGUUGUACUGGGAGCACUGGUGAGUGCUGCAGGGUGCCGGGUGGGGUCUUGGGGUGCAGGCUGGGGUUACUGGGGGGCUGAACUGGGAGCACUGGUGUUGACUGGUGAAUUCUCCAGGGUGCUAAGCGCCGUCCAGGGCAGUUGCACUGGGAGCACUGGUGUUGACUGGUGAGCACCUUGGCCAUGGCGCUACUCCCUGCCACCCGCCUGGCCUGCCUCCUGCUCCUGAUUGACCUGGUGGUGCUGGCGGCGCUGGCCCGGCUGGCCCCGGCACUGGCCCACUUGGGCCCAGUAGCCGCCUGGCUGGAAGCCGGACUGCGGCUGCUGGCGUUUACCGCAGCUGAACGGCUGCUGGCGCCGGGGGGUCCCUGGGGAGCUGCUGUAGUGCUCAGCCUCACGCCCGCCACCUUCCUCACCCUCCGGACCCUCCUGGUGCCGUACGGUGCCACACCGGUGCUGCUGGCCAUGGCUGCUCCGGCUUGGUUGGCAUUGACCCACGGUGCGACUGCCGCGGCGCUGCUGGCUUGGGCCGUGCCGUCGCCCAGCGGGGAUGUGGGCACCAAGUUGCCGGCGGCUGUGGGGCGGCUGCUGGCACUGGCGUGGACUGAGUGGCCCGUGCUUGGUGGCGCUUUCUUCUUCCUGGCGUUGGCCGCGCUGGGUGAGACCGCAGGGCCGUACUGCACCGGCCAAGCCCUGGACGCCAUCCAGCGUGGGGACGGACCCACCGCCUUCACCAUCUGCCUGGUCCUCGCCGCUGAUUUGGGCAGCUCGCUGUUUGCCGGCUGCCGUGGGGGUCUCUUCAUGCUGGCACGAGCCCGGCUCAAACUGAGCACCUGCCACCAGCUCUUCUCCCGCCUGGUGCACCAGGAUCUGGACUUCUUCCAGGAGACACCAGCAGCCGAGCUGUCCGCCCGGUUGGCCAACGACGUGCCCUUGCUGUGCGGUGCGGUGCCGAGCAGCACCAACGUGGCGUUGCGGAGCUUGGGGAUAACAUUGGGGUUGGGUGGCUUCAUGGUGGGGCUGUCGCCCCGCCUGGCGCUGCUGACGCUGCUGGAGGUGCCCCUCAUCAUCACCGCGCGCAAGGUCUAUGACGCCCGGUACCAGGUGCUGCAGCGAGCCACGCUGGACGCCACAGCCAACACGGCAGCGGUGGUGCAGGAGGCCAUCUCCUCCAUUGAAACGGUGCGGACCUUUGCUGGGGAGGAGGAGGAGGAGCGCCGCCACAGCCAGGCAGUGGCCAAGAUGCUGGCACUGAAGGACCAGAUGGACGUGGAGAAGGCACUCUUCACCCUCGUCCAGCGGGCGCUGCAGCUGGCCAUGCAGAUGGUGGUGCUCUACUACGGGCACCAGCAGCUCCGCGAGGGGACCAUCACCACUGGCAGCCUCGUCACCUUCCUCCUCUACCAGGCUAAAAUCGGCCACCACGUGCAGGCGCUGGUCUUUGGCCACGGCGACUUGCUCAGCAAAGUGGCAGCCAGCCACAAGGUCUUCGAGUACCUGGACCAGGGACCCACCGGGGACACCGGGGGCACGUGGGCACCCACCACGCUGCAGGGACACGUCUCCUUCCAGCACGUCUCCUUCGCCUAUCGCGCGCGCCCUGAGCACCUCGUCCUGCAGGACGUCUCCUUCGAGCUGCGCCCUGGCGAGGUGACGGCACUGGCGGGACUCAACGGCAGCGGGAAAAGCACCUGCGCGGCGCUGCUGGAGCGAUUCUACGAGCCCGGGGCUGGGGAGGUGCUGCUGGACGGGGUGCCGCUGCGGGACUACGAGCACCGCUACCUGCACCACAAGGUGGCGUUGGUGGGGCAGGAGCCCGUGCUUUUUUCUGGCACCGUCUGGGACAACAUCACGUUCGGGUUGGAGAGCUGCAAGGAGGAGGAGGUGAGGGCAGCUGCCACUGCUGCCGGUGCCCUGGACUUCAUCUUGGCGCUGGACCGGGGUUUUAACACCGACGUGGGGGAGAGAGGGGGGCAGCUCUCGGCGGGGGAGAAGCAGCGCAUUGCCAUUGCCCGGGCCCUGGUGCGGCGACCAACCAUCCUCAUCCUCGACGAAGCCACCAGCGCUUUGGAUGUGGAGGGCAAGGCGGUGCUGCAGCAGUGGGUGCAGGGCGGGGAAGCCCGGACGGUGCUGCUCAUCACCCACUGCCCGCGGAUGCUGGAAUUGGCCGACCGCGUCGUGGUGCUGGAACGUGGCACUGUGGUCGAGAUGGGGACACCCGCCGAGCUGCGGAGCCGCCACGGGCUCUACAGCCACCUGCUGCAGCGUUCUCCUGGCAUGGGGUGGCCAAAGACGCCAGGGAUGGGCUCUGGGGAGCAGCAAACAGCUCCUGCUCCAGCAGCUGGGCAAGAGGAGAGGGCUGCUCAGGUUGGGACAGAGAUUUGUACAAAAUAAAGCAGAUUUGCUUUGCA